ACAAAUCCUCUGUUCAUACAUUCAGAGGCGUCUGGAGCCAUGCCACCGAGAAAAAGCAAAGAUAAAGAGGUUCAGCCAGCCCAGGCUGAACAUGCAUAUGACAGUCUAGUUUACUCAGAGGGUGAGAAUGAUCCAGUUGUUCCUCCUUUCUUAUCACCCUUCGUGGAGCGAUCUUAUGGUAAUCCAAUUUUCAAGGAAAGGGAUGCAGACCGUAGAGAUGACUUUGCUGAAUCAAGUAAUGUGUUUAGAAGUAUGACUGAACGUCUGGAUUUAGUAUUCAAAGAACAAAACCAGGCUAUGCGGAGACUUGUUGACAGUCAAGCAGAAUCCUCCAAACGUCAGGAAAAAACACUACAGGCUGUUUCAAAACAAGUGGUUGAGCAAGUGCGACAACCCAGACCUGAGAUCCUUCCUCCAGUCGUUCAAAUGGCCAAACAAAUUCAGGAAGCCCCAAUCCCAGCACUCGGGGGGCAAGGGAAUCAGCCUCAUCCCAAUAUUCAACAGCAGAAUUUCUUCAUGGGUGAAGGACAAAGACAACAUGAACCAAUGGAGACUGCUGCUCCUGUUGCAGACCAUGGCCAUCAACCUCAGUAUAGACAAAGCGAAGGAAACAUGGGAGUGGAUGCAGAUCCUUUUCCAGCUGUGUCUGUGGGCGUGAAUGUUGCAGACCUCAAGAGUGUUGCCAGAAAUCGUAGUCUGCCUUAUGCUCAAAGGAACCUUGCUGCAGAAGACUUAAGGUGGGUUCUUAAGGCGCAGAGAUCCAGACAUAGCAGGAGCGUCAGGUCAGACCAGCAGAGGCUCGGGGGGCAAGAAAGGAUCACUGUGACCAGGAACUUCAGUCCAGAAGGUGUCAGACGUUAUUCAACUGGUACUAGAUCUCCAAGGAUGGUCAAACUGCCACUCAGGUCACCUUUGAGAUGGUGGGAGAAAAUUAGUCAUCCCAAGUUUCCAGCCCAAAAUCCCAGAACCUUGAGGCGCAGACUGCAGCGCAAAAGGGCUGAAGAACGAAAAAGGCAACAAAAGCAGGUGGAGGCUGAGGGAAGUUCAUCUCGCAGACCACGCCAACCUACCAAAAGGAAUAUGGUCUGGGUGAGAAAAGAGAAAAAGGAGGCUGUAACCCAGACUCUACAGAAGGAAGAUGACCAAUCUUCAGCUUCUCCAAAGGUGGCGUCUAUCAUUGUGAGUCCAGACGAAGUUUUGAAAGCAACUUUUGAAGCACCAGAACAGUCUAGGAAUCGUGGAUCUGAAUCAAAAGAAGAUGGCACUAUUCAUUUUGAGGAAUUCUCAGUGAAUUUGUCAUGUUUGGUGCUGACAUUACCCUUGGUUUUCCAAGCCAAGAAGGAGGAGGAACCAAUCGUCUGUGAGUUCCCAUAAUAGACAGAAGAAGAGGUAAUUGUUGUUCCAGCUCAGGAUGAUGAAGAGGAGGACAUGGCUGACAAAAUUGUGUUUGAAAAACCAGAAGAAAAGAUGGCCAGACAC